CAUCGCGGUGCGCGCGCCACGCAGCAGCAGUGGUGAACGCUACAGUCGCAUGGGAAUCGUACGUUUCCUGCUUUUGCAGCGGGCUGCAUGGGCUGCUCCUUUUCCGAUCAGAAAUCGAGCCAGGAGAGCCUCACAGUUGUUGUGCAUGGGAGCAGCCACGAUAGCCGAGACGUCCUAGGGCAGCAAUCGGAGAGCACCAGACAUCUCAUGGGGACCGGCGCAUCUCUGCUCGUGCUCCCCGACGGGACGACAUGGCCUGAUGGGGACCUCCGCGAUGGCAUGGCCUCAUGCGUCGAGAGCCUGACGGAACUCCAGGCGAAGCUAGUGUCUGCUGGCGCCUGGACGGCGGAGGACCGCGAGGGCUUGGGCACGGCGCUGGACCAUAGCCGCCGCGUCUACUCGAAGCUGAUAGAUGAGGCGCCGGCACACCGCGAAGAGAUGCAGAAAUUACGCAGCACGCUCCUCACGGAUUUCAGCCCGCUUUACGUGGCCGGUUACAACAUUGUAACAAAAGACCCCGGCUUCGCCGACUUCAUCGCCCAGGCGGACCGCUGCGCGAGCAAUGCACCGCAGCAGAAGCCGCGCCAGACCACGCCGCAGCUCGAGCAACUCUACGAGACUGGCGCGGUGAACGCUCGCGAGCCGUUCAAGAGCCUCCUCGACGCGGCGGGCGACAAACUCGCCGACGCUAAAAUCGAAAUGGCACCGCUGAAAAAGAUGACGCGCACAGUUGAGAAGUCGAUGCUCCGCCCGGACGCGGCGCGGCGCGGCGAAGUCGACGACAUCUUGGACGUAGUCAGAGGCAUGGUCAUCUGCGGGAGCAUGCACGAGCUCGGCGUCGCCCUGGCGUUCUUCGCCGAGCCCGAUUGCGGCUGGAAAAUCGUGCGCGUGAAGAACCGCUUCGCGGAUGGCGCGCAGACCAGCGGCGGGUGGGCCGACUGCUUGCUGAACAUCGUGCGCUCCGACGACCCUCACCAGCACGUCUGCGAGGUCCAGCUCGUUCACAAGAAGAUGUUAGUCCUUCGAGGUGAAGACAUGGGCGGCCACGACGCCUACAACCAGUACAGAAGAGCGGACGAGCUGCUCCUGGUCCUCGACGAGAAGGACGUAUUCGCUCCUGUCCACCGCGCCGUCGGGAUGCUCAAGGGGCUCGGUGUCGUGACGCCCGGAACGCCGGACCUCCCUCGCAUCGCCGCGGGCGCCUCGUACAAAGCCGACACGCAAAAAGCGCUUGACUCGGCCCACAGUUCGCUCAGACUUGGUGGCGCUGCGCCAUCGCUCGUCAUCGCCGCGUACACGUGCACGCACGACAAAAACAAGGUCUUUGAGGGUUUGCGAAAACUUUGUCCUGAUGUGCCUGUCGUCGGCGUGAGUUCGUGCCGCGGAGUCGUCGCCAACGGGAGAUGGUACAGCAGCAGCAAAAGUAGGGCACUAGGCCUCUGGGCGAUCAGCGACGACCGCGGCGACUACGACGUCGUGCACAUCAAAGAACUAAGCAACGACGCGCAACAAGUUGUGGCCGACAAAGUCACCGCCGCCACGGCGGGGCGGCCAAUGCCACAGUUUGUCCUCUGCUUUUCGGCGCUUGGCUUUUCAGAGGCGGUCCUCAAAGGCAUAAAGAGCGUCGUCGGUGCGGUGCCCGUAUUCGGCGGCACCGCGGCGGACAACGAACUCAAGAAGCCGUACGAGUGGAGCCAGUUCUCCUCCGAAGGCGGCGUUUCGCAAAACGGGGUCGUGCUGGUUCUCGGCUGGUCGUCCGUCGAGGUCGCAUGCUACAUGUCCUCGGGCUUCCAGCCGACGGAGCAGAAGGGCGUCGCGACGAGGACUAGCGGUUCUACUAUCCUCGAGAUCGACGGCCGGCCAGCGAUGACUGUCUACGACGAAUGGACAAGAGCGAGCGGCGAGGUCGUCGUCGGCCUCACGACGGGCUCGAUAGACACCACCACGGAAGCCAUAGCCGGCGAGCUGCGGCCGAUCGGUGUGCCCCUCGACGACGACGAUAAGGAAUUCCGCGUGCUCCAUCCGCUGAGUGUCGACAGCGCCGCCGGUUCGCUCACCGUCGGGGGCUGGGUUGCUGAAGGCACGAACUUGACACUUCUUGCGGCCGAAGCCGAGACGCUCGUGAACAAUAUUUGCGAGGUCUCCUCCGCUCUCGUCAAAUCCGACGCGCAGAAGCGCCUCGGCGUCGAUGCUUCCGGCGCGGUGGAGGAGUGUCUCGGCGCGUUCAUGAUCUUCUGCGGUGGACUAGUCAAGGCCUGUGUGGAAAUCAACCAGUGUCGGGGUGUCGGGUGCACCCGAUAAUUCUUCACUAAGUCAUUUCUCGGCGAUGACGUGGCCGCGCUGGCUCCGUCGAGCGGUGAGGAACCGACAUCGCCACGCCAUCGAGCAGGUGUCGCGUCGAUGGCGUGGAGAUCGACGCGGCGAUUCGGGACGAACGCGCCGUAAAUUUGAUUUCCACACAGGUCAAGGCACUCCAGGACGACAUGGAGGAGAGAUGGGAGGAGCUCGCGGACCCCGGCGGCAAGCGCGAGGCCCUCGGCAUGUGCGCCUUCGGCGAGCAGGGGCCGAGGGGACACGGCAAUCUCAUGGUCGGCGCGCUCCUCUUCUCGAACAAGCCUGUGCGGCCAACACGACUGGAGCCGUCGUAG